UGAUUCGCUGUCACACAAACUUCCGCCACGCGGCAAGCGUCGCCGCGUCCUGUAGGCGGGAACGGUAGGAGUCAUAUAACCUUUUGAAGAAUAUAAGAAGAUACAUUUAACCAUUCUAGAAUAUACACACAAGCCAGAAGAGAAUAGGUCAAAUAUAUAAACAGAAUAUUUAAAAACAAACAUGGAACUUAAUGAGAAUAUGGUAUAUACAUUACACGAUGCAUUUGAUACAUUUGUGGAGAAAAUUAAUGAGUGUGAGAGAAAUAUAGAUGAUUUGACAAAUAGAGUAUCAAACAAUAGAAUCAAUGCUGUACAAGCAACAAGCUCCACAGAAAAUUUAAGAACAAGAGAAGAGAGGCUAUUACAAAAAUAUCUAAGAGAAGUUAUGAAUUUACAACCUCAAGAUUAUGCAAUUCCAAGAACAGUUGAAUUACAUGCUGAAGUUUUUAGAGAUUUAGAAGAUGAAAUUAAAAAUAUGCAGUUAAUACUUAACAAACUUGAUAAAACACUUCUUGAUAUUCAAGCAGAUAUGAAAUAUUUACAAAAUAAGAAAAAUGGACUAGAUAAAAUGCGAGAAGCUCAUGUAGGUUUUACAGAAACAUUUGCAAAUAGGACAUAUAAAGAUGAACAAAUUUUAACAAAACGUAUAUUUCAAAACGUAAAAGAUGAUUUGUAUACUGUCGUUGAUACAAUUUUUCCUGACAAUAGUGAAUUUAAGGAAUUUCUAGCGGCGUUAACAUCAGCUUACAUGAAAGGCGGUGAUGAUGUUUAUGUAAAUGUCACACCAAAGAUUUUAGAUUGUGUAAACUUUCUGCUGGAAGCUGAUAUAAUACAAUAUCACCGUAAUGACAAGACUAAAGUCAGAAUGAUCGAGUUGUUAUGAUAUCAAAUGAGUAUUCAAUUAUUAAUUUA